CUUUAAUGAAAAUAUUUUUUGUAGCUCUACAACUGAGAGAUAUCAAAUAACCUCAUGUAUCAACUAUGCAUCAGGUUUAUGUGGAAUCUUAAACUCAACAAGAAACGGUGAAUGCUUGUCAUUGGACAAACAAAUUGAGUAUUUCACCUCAACUGUGACAAAUGAUCUUUCAAGAAACUUUCGAAGCAAGGCAAAAUUGAGUCAUUACUUAUCUAAAUCUAUAGAGAAUUGCUGUUCCCACAUAUAGUAUGGCUGUGCCACACGAGUAAAAUACCAAAAUGCCCUUCGGCAGUUUGCUACCGAAGUUUUUAGGAAACCGGCGGCAGUUAACUGCCGAGGAAAUCCUCGGUAGUUAACUGCCGAGGAAAUCUGAACUUAAACAGAUCGCAGAACCAGAACCUCCCAUUUCCAAAAAACCUUCAAAAUUCUCAAUUUCUCUUCCAUUUCCUACCAAAUCCAUUUCACGAAUUGCAAGCAAAUCAAGUGCACAUUAUCACAAAUAUGACCGAUCAGGACCCAUUGAUCCAUCGAAGAUGAUUGGUGGUAGGCGUGCCAUGACUCAGAGCCACCGCAGGGAGAGGCAGGGCGGCCACAUCCCAAAGAGGGGUAGAGGUCGGAGGGGAGAUGGCUCAGGAAGCUCUCAGGCUACACAGCCUGAGGAGUCACAGGUUGUUGACCCGUCACAGCCUGUUGACCAGACUGGGGUGGAGUACCUGAACUAUCAAGAUCAGGUACAACAUGAUGUGACGGAUGGUGGAUAUGACCAGGAUCAUAUACCACAACAGCAGGAUGUAGGAGACGAGGAUGACAUUGCAGCAGCUGCUGCACCGGAGGUGUUACCUGUGGACCCUCCAUUUCCUGGUGGACCGGCUGACUUGUCAUUGCUCCACUCUUAUGCCGAUCAUGUGGCGUUGCCACUCUGGUAUAAUUCAAAUAAUGUUCGUAAGACCCGCGUGCUUAAACCGAUUAAUCAUGGGGCCAAGAUUCUCACUCUCGGACGCCCUAACGCGAAUGAGAAUUGGUUUUGGGAUGCGCUUCAGCAGAGCGGGCUACAUGAUUUGGUUUACUUGGGGUACUCCACCGUGCCUCAUGCCCUGAUGCUGACUUUAUGCGAGAGGUGGCAUCCGGAGACCAGCACCUUCCACAUGCCGAUGGGGGAGAUGACUGUGACAUUGGAUGAUGUCGCAUGUCUGACGCAUCUUCCUAUUGAGGGGCGGAUGUUGGCUCAUGGGAAGAAGAUGCCCAAGCAUGAGGGAGCGGCACUGCUGAUGACGUAUCUGGGUGUGUCCCAGAAUGAGGCUGAGAAGAUCUGCAACCAGGAGUACGGAGGGUACAUUAGCUACCCGAGGCUGAGGGACUUCUAUACCUCGUACCUUGGUAGGGCCAACGUAUUGGCGGGUACGGAGGAUCCUGAGGAGCUUGAGGAGCUGGCGAGGGUCAGGACAUACUGCGUCUGGUGUUACCUUCUGUACUUGGUCGGAUGCUUGUUGUUUGGUGAUAGAAGCAACAAGCGCAUCGAGCUGAUAUAUUUGACGACCAUGGCGAACGGCUACGCAGGGAUGCGUAAUUAUUCCUGGGGAGCUAUGACCCUCGCCUACCUAUACGGCGAGUUGGCGGAUGCAUGUAGGCCUGGACACAGAGCGCUUGGGGGGAGCGUGACACUGCUCACUGCAUGGUUUUUGGCGCAUUUUCCAGGGUUUUUUAGUGUUGAUCUCAACACUGACUACCUGGAAAACUAUCCGGUUGCAGCGAGGUGGAAGCUCCAGAAGGGUCAUGGGGAGGGGAUCACGUAUCGGUCACUGCUCGAUCGUAUACAGUUAGAUGAUGUAUGCUGGAGGCCGUACGAGGAGCACAGAGAGAUCCAGGAUUUCGAGGAGGUUUUCUGGUAUUCUGGAUGGAUUUUGUGUGGCGUUCGUAGGUGUACCGUCACUUGCCCAAGAGGGUUUUGAGGCAGUACGGAUACGUGCAGGCCAUCCCCAGACAUCCGACUGAUGUUAGGGACCUCCCACCGCCUUCCAUUGUGCAGAUGUUCGUCGACUUCGGCACUCACACGCUUAAGGCGGACGCUCGGGGUGAGCAGGCAGGAGAGGAUACAUGGCGGGUGGCGGAUGGCUAUGUCCUGUGGUACAGUAGGGUGUCUCACCCUCAGAUCUUGCCACCUAUUCCAGGAGAUCUUCCGAGGCCUGCAAAUGAAGAGCAGAUCAUUGUAGAGCAGUGGCAGCGGUAUGAGGCGAGAAGCUCGCCUGACACCUAUGA